AUGGCCGCCUUCCAAAAUAUGCCUCAGGCAUGGCGUCGCCUCAUCUUUCUGAUCCCCGUUCUCAUCAUCACCCUCAUCCUCGCGUCGGGCUUGUACACUGGGUCGCUGCCCAAGCCGCGCAUGCCCAAGGUGGUGUUUGACGACAGCCAUGGCCCAUUCCAUUCCGACUGCCAGGCGAACCAUACUCCCCCGAACCUCGACAGCCUCCCGGACAUCAUUCGCGCGCUCUGGCAACCGCUCAUUCUGCCCAUCACGGCGCCCCGAUUCGUGACCCUCGACGGAACCGAAAAGUUGCUGCCUCCCCAGAAUGAGCUUGUUCACACGAAGCCCAUGGGGAAGAGGAUCUGCAUCCUCGAUGUGGAUACGCGCGACCUGGCGGGCGAGGGAAGCAUUUUCUACAGCGAAGGCGUUCCACCCUGGGACAAGCUGGGCAGUCCGUCGGCAGGCUUCCUCAGCCACUAUCUCUACGCCCAAAUUCACGGCUACUCGUACAAGUUCAUCCGGGCGCCACAGUAUGCCGACCGCGCCCCCCACUGGUCCAAAGUCAUCUUCACCAAGGAGCUCCUCAAGGAGUACGACAUUGUCGUCAUGAUGGACUACGAUGCCAUGUUCCCCUCCCCCGAGGUGCCGCUCGAGUGGAUGCUCAACUACUGGAAGAUCGACAGGGACGUCAUUGUGGCCAUGGCAGAAGAUCCCGCCGGUGAGCCCAACUUCGACGACUCGGAGAAGCACAAGGUCAACAUCAACUCUGGCUUCAUCAUUGCGCAGGCCGGGGAGAAAUCACAGCGCCUGUUCAAAGACUGGGCCGAAUGCCCCUCCGAGGUGCGCUACAAGGGAUGCGCCAAAUGGGCCCAGACCUUGUUCCACGAGCAAGCUGCCUUCAGCACCCACGUCCGCUACGAUUUUUUGGAUGGUUACAGCAUUGAAACCCACCCGCAAUACAUCCGCAUGCUGCCGUGCCAGGAGGCCAACGGAAUUCCCGAAGUAUCCGGGUCUGGUUGUGUCGGACAUCUCGUGCGCCACUAUUGGGGGAGGAAAGGCCUGACGAACCGGGAGUUUGGCCACAACGUGAUGGCUGCCCUCACACCUCUGCUCGUGCAGGCCGCCUACAAAGAACCCGGCCAUGUGGAGGAUCUCCGGAGCAAAGUGCUCAAGGGCGCCGAGGUGUUGGAUAAGCCCCCAGCGAGGUGA